AGAGUCAGUGGUGGUGUCAGAGAAGAUGCACAGUGAGUUAUAAGAGGAGCGGAGUAUGACAUCCUCACACCCAAACUCCCUGCAUGAAAACUCACCAGACAAUAUAAUCAAAUAGUAAAUAACAGUAUUCUGGCUGGAUAAGGGAAAUACCACAUUUAAAAGAGAAGAACUUUCUCUUAGGAAAAGAUGGGUUGUAACUGCAGUUCAGACUACUCGGACAGCGAGUGGACUGAGAAUUUAGAUGAGAUCUGUGAGCACUGCAACUGUCCCAUCCCUCCCUCCACAUGUAACCCAACAAAUGAUCUCAAAAUGUACCCUCCUGUGCUCUCUCAUCAGUAUACAGAUGACCGAAUUCCCUAUCACUCACCACAGUCGCCGCCUACGUCUCCCUUGCCAGCCGACAAUCUGGCAGUGGCCAUUUACAGUUACGAACCUGCCCAUGAUGGUGACCUGGGAUUUGUGAAGGGGGACAAACUUAAAAUAAUUAACAAGGAUGAUCCGGAGUGGUAUUUUGCCGAAUCUCUGACUAGUGGAAAGACAGGCUUCAUCCCAUUCAACUUUGUGGCCAUGAACACAGUAGAGACAGAACCGUGGUUCUUUAGGAAUACUCCUAGAAACGAUGCUAUGAGGCUCCUGCUCGCCCCUGGAAACACUCAGGGAUCGUUUCUGAUUCGGGACAGUGAGACCAGCAAAGACUCCUACUCGUUAUCUGUCAGGGAUUUUGACCCAAACAAAGGCGAUGAAGUCAAGCACUACAAGAUACGCAGACUGGAUAAUGGUGGCUAUUACAUCUCAGCUGCGAUUUCCUUUAACUCUCUGAAAGACCUUGUGCAGCAUCACUCGCGUUUUGCGGACGGAUUGUGUACAAAGCUGGGGAAGCCGUGCCAGUCGAGGGCGCCACAAAAGCCUUGGUGGCAGGACGAGUGGGAGAUUCCAAGGGAGUCUCUAAAACUCCAACGCAGACUCGGAGCAGGGCAGUUUGGAGAAGUCUGGAUGGGUGUCUACAAUAAUGAGAGAAAGGUUGCUAUCAAAAACCUUAAGAUGGGUACAAUGUCAGUGGAGGCCUUCCUGGCUGAAGCUAAUAUGAUGAAGAAUCUGCAGCACAAACGCCUGGUCCGCCUCUUUGCUGUGGUUAGCCAGGAUCCAAUUUGCAUCGUCACUGAGUUUAUGGAAAAUGGUAGUCUAGUGGAUUUCUUGAAAACACCAGAGGGAAAUAGAUUAAAAAUCCACACUCUGAUUGAUAUGGCUUCUCAGGUGGCAGAUGGAAUGUCCUUCAUUGAACAGAAGAAUUAUAUACAUCGAGAUCUACGAGCUGCAAAUAUCCUGGUUUCACAAGAACUCAUCUGUAAAGUGGCUGACUUUGGACUUGCAAGACUUAUAGAAGACAAUGAGUACACCGCUAGAGAGGGUGCAAAAUUUCCCAUCAAGUGGACUGCUCCAGAAGCUAUAAAUUUUGGCACGUUUACCAUUAAAUCAGAUGUGUGGUCAUUUGGGAUCCUGCUAACAGAAAUUGUGACCUAUGGACGUAUUCCCUACCCAGGCAUGUCCAACCCAGAAGUAAUUCAGAACUUGGAGCGAGGAUACAGGAUGCCAAAGCCAGAUGAAUGCCCCGAUACCCUCUAUGAGGUCAUGCACAUGUGCUGGAAAGAAACGCCAGACGACAGGCCCACAUUUGAAUAUCUGAAAAAUGUUUUGGAGGAUUUUUUCACUUCUACAGAGAGGCAAUAUCAGGAUUAGCCUCCAAGACACAAAGACUUGUAUAUUUUGAUAAAACUAAAUAUUGCUGUAAUGUGUGUUUGUUUUGUACACAAUUGAAUAAUGGGAUUGUUUCACUUCUACAUUUUGACCACAGAAUGCCAAAAAAUCUAAAGUUAACAUAACUUUAAUCUUUAAUCUCUGUUUAUCUUUAACUUUUAGAUUUCUUUUUUUUUUUUUAAUAAAAAGUGUACAUUUUUUACAGU